GCUGUUUUCUCAGAAUUAGUUAGACGUGGCACAAGUGGUGACGGAAAAUUAUCAAGAAACCAAUUAGUAUCACAUCAUAACAUUGGCAGACACUAUAUCCGGGGAUAUAAUAGCUUAAUGUAGCUACACGCUAUUCACAUUUGAAGUACGUCUUUUGACUGAGACCAUAAAGUAUGAUUUGGAUACUCGUUGUUUCCCAGCUCUUAUUUGGUUUUUCAACCAAUGCCAAUAUUGUAAAGAAACAUUGUCAACUGAUAGAAGAGUACAAGGAAUUCCAGACUACCAUGGAUACAUACUUGGCAUCGAGCGACGACGUCUGUCAAGGCGAAACUGAAAACUACAAGGAUUGUGCAAGUAUUUUGAAGGAAUAUCCUAAUGCUGGAGAUGGCGUGUACAGGAUACAACCCUCAGACGAACAAGGCUCUUUCAAAGCGUACUGCGACAUGACCCAACAUGGGGGCGGCUGGCUGGUGAUUCAGCGGAGAGUGGAUGGGCUGGUGGAUUUCUACAGGACUUGGUUUGAGUAUAUGGAAGGCUUUGGCAAUCUCACCGGGGAGUUCUGGCUGGGUAAUGAGAAGAUACACCGUUUAACCCACCAGACAACAUACGAAUUACGAGUUGACGUAAUGUUUAUGGAUGGGAAGAUUGCAUAUGGUCACUACAGAAACUUCCGGGUUGAUAACAUGUCAACCUUUUACAGGCUUGUCAUUAGUGGAUUCUCGGGAAGUGCCGGUGACCCUCUGACUGCGCAUAACAGAAUGCGUUUCACCGCCAAGAAUCUGGAUUUGGACACACACAAGACCGCAAACUGUGCUGUCAGUUACCGGGGAGCAUGGUGGUACAAAGCAUGUCACUCAUCCAACCUCAACGGCAUCUACAACGACACCACAACAAAAGGAAUGAGAUGGGGUAGCAAGUCCUGUCUGCGUACAAGUAUGAAAAUUCGCCCACAACACAGAGACAAUGGAGAAUAGUCUUGUUUAUACUGUUCGUAAUCUAAUCUAGGAUCUGCUUUAUCGAAUGCAACCAACCCAUUUAUUGGUAGAGCUGUGACGAUAUAUCGUAGUAUCGAUGAUCGUGAUACUUUAUCUGACGAUGAAUAUGUCGAUACUUUUUUUCGUAUCGUGAUAUGUAUUGUUGACCUUAAAAUUAUUAAUUUU